AUGUCAUCAACAGAAUUUGAUAAAAGAGACCUACUUAAAAGGAGUGGAAGUGUAUUGGGAGGUGGUAGUAAUAGUAACCUUUUAGUGGUGAGCAAGAACUCACCCAAAGUACCAGGAAGAGACACAAAGUAUGACGAACGUACUCUCACCAAACCACCUUUGGCCGAUGGUGGUGAAUCCAAACUCGCCGAUUUCACUGUAAAGGAUAGUAGAACCUUUUUCGCAACUAAAUCCUACCCCAUCUUUUUCGAUGCAAGUGAUGCCAACUACAACUUGGAAUCUGAUGAAUUUUUAAAGAGUUGUCCAAAUAUUUUAAAAUCAUUAAAUUUAACAUCAAAUUCAUUGAUUGAAUUUAGUUCUGCUAGUCAUCUAACUAAAUUGAAAUGGUUGAUUUUGGAAAAGAAUAAUUUAGUCGAUAUUUCUAUUCAAUCAUUAACCGCAUUGGUCUAUCUAUCAGUUGCCAAUAAUCGUUUGGCUCAUGUACCAAUAACAACUGAUUUAAAGAAAAUUGUUCAUCUUGAUUUAAGUUUUAAUAGAUUAAUUGAUGGAUUUGAAGAAUUAUCAAAAUUGAAAACAUUAAAAGUAUUGGAUUUAUCAAAUAAUAAUAUUAAUAUUCCAUUGGAUCAAUUUAACAAGGAAGUAUUGGGAUCGUUGAAAAAGGUAAAGACAUUGGAAUACUUUUCAUUGCAGGGUAAUCCAAUCGAUCGAAACAUUCAAGAGUUUCGUUGUUUUGUAGCCAAUGAACUCAAAUCGAUCAAAUAUUAUAAUUGGAGUUUAGUAACAAAGGAUGAGAGAUCAAAGGGUGGCAAGUUGGAAAGUGAGAAUUUUUGGGCGUCUGUCAUGACCACCCAAUUCCAAAUCUCAACUAUUUUCAAUAAUGCUGGUAGUGCUUUGAAUCUAAAGUCGUCCCAGGGUGGUGCUGCUGCCGGUGAGGAAGAGACUGAACGAACACCUUACAAAAGUCCAAUACUUUUAUCCAAAGUAUCACAGUCACCACUACUUAAAAAGAUUGUGUCAUCGAGUAAUGGAAGUGGGUUGAAUAGUAGUACUGAAGAUUUCAGUCCUUCAUCAUCACUCUCUUCAUCGGGCGGAUUUGGUACACCUUCUAAAUUAGAGUCUGUGCCAUUGCGUCGUAAGCUAUCUUUUACGGGUAGCUCUGACCAGGCAUUUUCCAAGACCGGUGGUCCAGUUCAAGAGGAUAGCUUCACGUCCAAGUCAUCUGGAACAUCUACCCCAUCAACCUCAAAGUUGGAUCUUGAUCCAUCGGUACAAGUUGUUGUUGUGAACAAACGAUCGUCCAAUGAUAACCUAUCACCUAUCAGUCUCCAACCAACUAGUCCACCACUUCAAAUGUACAUUGAGCCAAUCGAUCCACUCGCUGGCAGAGAUGAUCAAAGUAUGUCUGCCUAUCUUGACCUACUCCUCGAGGAGCUAGGUCCUAUCAACCUAGAGGUCGGUCCAAACGUCCACCACUCUACCUACCUCGACAUGUUGUACCGUGCAAUCGUCGACGAUGUCAUGAUGCCCGAGCUUCUCCUCGCCGAUGUUCCAUCACAGGUCUCUUCUGACAUUCCAUCACAUGUCUCAUCCUCCCAACCCAUGCCCAUUUCACAGGCACCCAUCAUUCGAAUGUCCGAGGAUGAGAUUAUCAAACCUGUCGAAGAGGUGUCUACAGCAGCACCACCACAAUUCCCAACAACUGCACACUCUCCUUCAGUUGCCACCUCAUCACCAAGAAAGACAUCACAAUGGGUCAAAGUUUCAGAUCAACAAGAAAAGAUGUUUGGUGGAAUGGAUGUUAUUAUUAAAAAGGAUGCUACCCCAGCUGUAACGACUACAACUACAACUACAUCUACAACAAUUGCAACCGAACCAAAACCAAUUUCAUCAUCACCAAUCAUAUCAUCUUCUAAACCUGCAGCAGCAUCUUCACCAUCAAUAUCGACACCAAAACCAGUAGCAGUAUUAAAGAAAUCACCUGCUCUUUCGAGUAGUCCAUCUAGUGGUAGUCCAAUGAUGUCAUCAUCACCCAAACCAACAGGAGCUGCUGCAGGAUCACCCAACCCAUUUGGAGUUGUUUUAAAAAAGGCACCUGCUCCAGCCAGUGGCUCACCAGCUUCUGGACCAUCACCUGUAUCUCCCAUUUCACCAAAUGUUACUUCUCCACCAGCUGCUGCCUCUCCACCAGGUUCACCACUUAUCCGCAAGGUACCUGUUGCAAAGAAUCCAGUCCCACCAUCCCCAUCUACUCUCUCAACCAUCAUCUCCAAACCACCACAAUCCAAACCAUCUCCACCAACUCAAUCUCCACUUGCUAAACCACCUGGUAGUGUGGCUCCACCAGUUGCAGCUGCUGCACCAGUUGCUCCUCCAUCAACAUCUACUGAUUUCGAUGUAGAUACUUUCAAAGAUGAUAUUGAAAAGACAUUAAGGGAUAUUGAAAACACAUAUAAUAAUAAUCAACUAUCACAACCAACAUCACCAGUUGUUGCUGCUAAACCAGCUGCAGCAACAGCAGCAGCUACUCCAGUAACAGUACCAGUUGUAAAGAAAGCAACAGCUGCAGAUUUUGAUAUUUUAGAUGAUUUAUCAAAUGCAAUUAAACAAGAUGAACAAUCAACUAGUACAGCAAGACCCAAACUAUCACAUGUUGAUUCUAGACAAAACUUGCUCAAAGAGAUUAGUCAAAAGGAUGUAACAAUGAAAUUGGAUCAAGUGUCUAGUGCAACACAAAAGCUCAACGAGAUGAUUGAAGAGUACAACCAAACCAAGGACAAGGUGGUCGAUGACAAUUUGUUAAAGUUGGACAAGUUACUCAACACUUUUGAGCAAACUACUCAACUACAACAAAACACCUACUCAAUGACUCCACCCACCGACACGUUGUCACCCAAGUUGACUCAUCGAUUGUCGACAUACAACGUGCCACGUCCAUCCAGCCAGCCAUCGUGGAUCUGCAACUACAGCGAUGUACAAGUCAACGCCAAGCUUGGAACGGGUAGUUGGGGAGACUGCUACCUAGGUAGUGUCUGGCAAAAGACAGUUGUAUUCAAGAAACUACGUAUCCAACGAUUCUCUGAUCAGUUUAUCGAUGCAUUCAAGGAAGAGGUUGACAAGUUACGUCAACUCGGUCCACAUGACAAUGUAGUGCCUGUGAUUGGUGGAUGUGCCGACACCAACAUCAUGGCAAUCAGUCCACACGUAGAAGCAGUCACAUUGCAACAGAUUAUUGCCGAGACACCCGCCAGUGUUACACCAGACUUUAUCGUUGCGAUUGCUGCCGGUGUUGCACGUGCCAUGUGUUAUCUCCACCAAUUCAACAUCAUCCAUCGUACACUCAAACCAUCCAAUAUUUUAUUAGAUACAGAGGGACGUGUCAUGAUCAGAGACUAUGGUUUUACAGCCAUUAAAGAUAACUUGUACAAGUCAUCAGCCACACAUGGAGGUGCAGUCAAUUAUUUUGCACCAGAGAUUUUUGAAUCGGGUGCUUCCAACUAUGACCAAAACAUAGAUCAAUAUGCAUUCGGUCUCAUCCUAUGGGAAAUGUUUACACAUCAAAAUGCAUUCCCAUCGUCGGUUGCACAACACCAGAUUCCCGAUCUUCUCAAACAAGGGUAUCGUCCAGAAGUACCAUCUCAAUUCCCAAUGGUAUUUGAUCGUCUCAUCCGUGCUUGUUGGAAUCAAGAUCCAUCAGCACGUCCCAAUUUCCUUACCAUUAGUAAGAUCCUAUCACAACCUACUCAACGUCUAUUUGCCAAUCAAAUAUCAAUGACACUUCCCAUCCCAAUCACCGAUAAUCAUGGGUCACUUCCAACAUCCCAAAAACCAAUCUAUCCUCAUCAUCAACAAACCUCUACUCCCACCACUGCAUCCCCACCAACAUCUUCACCAACCAUCACUUCUCAACAAAAUAAUAGUAAUAAUAACUCUACAACAAAUAUAAAAUCAGAAUUGGAGCGCAAGAUGAAAUUAGUAACAGAAAAAGUAAUGUUAAUGAUAAAGAAUGGUGGAGAAAGAGUUAUGAUGGACAAGGCAUUCAAGGCACUUGAGAAUCUUGCAGCCAAUGAGGAAAAUGCAGAGACAUUUAUUGGAUGUGGAUUAGUACCAUUAUUGAUCCAAUCAUUUGCUCAACACAUCCAUUACCAAGAUUCAAUCUUGUCAUCGUUGAAUCAACUCUGUUUGAAUGUAUCGUUGUGUGCCGAGUUUGUUCAUAAUGGUGGAUUGACACAAUUGGUACGUCUCAUGAACUCUUCAAGUAUCAAUACAUCAAUCCUUGCCUGUAAACUACUUACAACUGUUGCCGAUGAAGAAUAUCUCCGUGCUAUUCGUGAUAGUGGUGCACUUAAAGUACUCUUUGUCACUUUACAAUCGACCAAUGAACUGUUGCAAAUGCAAACGGUUUGGGCAUUAUCUCGUGCCCUUUUGGAUGUUGGUAACCAACAAUACUUUAUUGCAUGUGGUGGUAUUCCAAUCCUUCUAGGUAUGGUGUCUAGUACAAGACAAGGAUUAUCGGUACGUGCACUCAUCUCUCUAUGCUGUCUUAUCACCAACCCACAAUGUCAACAACAAUUGGUCAAUGCUGGUGUCUUGUCAAGAUUAAUAGAGUCUAUUGACCGAUCACCCAAACUACUCAAGAUUCCAACCAUUCGUAUCAUUGGAAAUAUUGUAGACAAGGAACAAAAGGUCGAUGCCAACCAACACUCACUUCGCGAUCUCGUCAUCCAAAACAACUUUAUCCAUGUUCUCAUUGACCAAAUUCAAACGACCGAUGAUCAAGAUCUCAUUGAUGUAGCCACAUCAUGUCUUGUACCCAUCCUUCAAAAUGAUCCAAAUGCCCAUCAACUAUUCUACCAACUUCACGGUGUCGAUAAAAUACUCUUACAUUUUAAUGUCAACUCUCAAUCAAAUGAAAUCCUUGUCAACAUAUUAACCAUCUUUACUUUAAUUAUUAAUCAUGAUUUAUCAAGAUUAAAAUUAAGAUUUAGUAUUAUAAAAUUGGUAGAAUUAUUAAAUAAUGGUAAUGUUGGAGAUGUUGAUAGUUUAGUUGUUAUUAAAGCAUUACAAUGUUUGACUAUCUUUGCUACACAUGUAUCUUGUGUACCAAUGAUUCUGGAAUCCAAUGCAACUGCAUCGGUCAAGGCAUUAUUGGUAUCACCAACAAACCAAGAUGUUGAUAUUAAGAUUUCAACCAUUCGACUUAUUUCCUCGUUGUCAAAGACUGGAAAUUACUUUAUCAAUGCUAUCAUUCAAUCUGGUAUAGUUGCAGCUUUACUCGAUAAUAUUCGUGACCAUGGAUCAUCGUCGUUGGUAAAGGACGAAUCGAUUGCUUCGGUUGCUUGGUUAUCUGCCUCUGCAGAGUGUCGUCAAUUGUUUAUGGAAAAGAAUGUGUUCCAUCGUCUGCUUGAAUACACUCAGGCCAAUAUCAAUAGACUUACCAACUAUCUAAAGGAAUCAUUGUUGUGGGCCAUUUCAUUCUUUGCUCUCGAUGCCACCUGUCAAACCCUCAUCUGUCAAGUCCAAGGAACACUCGAAUUUGUUGUAUCCAAUCUACUCACCGACGCUCAAAUCUCUGGUGAAGAGGGACAAGUAUGUAGAAUGCUUGCCAUCAAGACUGUAUUGAUCCUUUCACAAAAACAAGUCAACCAUAGAUUCCUCAAACAAACCAACAUCAUCGAUUCCCUCACUAAUUUGACCGAUCACACCUCUACCGAUAAUCAAUCCAUUCAAAUUGCUUCAAAAAAGAUCAUUCAAUUGUUACAAUAA